AUAAUGUAAAAUCCGAGGUAGAAAGGAAAGGAGGAAUAGGAAUAGGAUUAGGAUUAGGUGUUCCGCAGCCGCAACCAUGGCCAUGGGUUCGGUGAGCCUCUGCUUCAACAUCGCUCAUUUGCCUUUAUCUUCUUCUUCUUCUUCUUCUUCUUCGUGCAACCUUGGAUUACCCUUUAUCUCUCUCACUCGUCGCUUCAAGAGGCACGUGGUUCGUAUGGCUCCCGACGAGGAGAAGAUGACUCGCCGUUCCCCUCUCGAUUUCCCAAUCGAAUGGGAAAGGCCUAAGCCAGGAAGAAGACCAGAUAUAUUCCCUCAGUUUAGUCCAAUGAAGACACCUUUGCCACCUCCAUUGCCUGCAGAUCCUCCUGAAGAGGAUGAAGAAGAGGAAGAAAAGAAAGAGGAAGAGGAAAAUCCUGAAAAGGAGGAGACAGAUAAGCCAGAGCAGCAAUAGUGUAGCGAAUGACUUACUUGUCUUCAUUCCUCCAUUUUUCUUGAUAUGAUAUGACAUGCCACACUGCUGCUUGUUAAACUUAAUGAAGGGUAUCAUAUGAAGAUCUUUAUAUAACUUAGUUUAUGUAAGUGGUUUCGUUCCAUCUUCCCCCUUCCCCUCUUUCCAAAACAAAAAGUUUUCCUGGUAUAAAGCAGUAUUACAUAUGGUUGGUAGUAUAUACUGGAAGUAUUUUUUUUUUCUUGGUCGUUUUUUGGCACUUAUACCAUCAUUGCGAGGGACCUGGAUUUCUAGUUUAAGUUGCAGCUUCGAUGUUGAUUGGAUUAUUCAUGGUGAAUUCAUAGAGGAAUGGAUCUUUGUCUUUUAAGGGA